GCAAUUAUACCUAAUGAAGUAUUUAUCGGCAUAAAAACAAAAUCCUUAUGUUCUCCAUUGAUCUCGUUAAGAAAAAGGGUUGAACUAAUCUUUCUUCACUCUGUUCUCAAGACUUUGAAAGAUCAGUUCUUGAAUCAAUUCUUAUGAUGGAUGGAGUUUCUCUUAAUACCGAUCCUGUUGUUGAUGAUGAUGCUGAUGCUGAUGCUGAUGAAUUUGAGAUUGAAGGAGACUGUGGAAUGGCCGAAUGUAUUAGUCAAAGUGGUGUAAUUCAAGGAGAGAAUCCGCUGCCUCCUGUUGUCGGAAUGGAAUUUGAUUCGUACGAGGAUGUAUAUUACUUUUACAAUUGUUAUGCCAAGGAACAAGGAUUUGGUGUUAGAGUAAGCAAUACGUGGUACCGGAAGACCAAAGAAAGAUACAGAGGCAAACUAAGCUGCAGUAGUGCAGGAUUCAAGAAGAAGAGUGAAGCAAACCGGCCCAGACCCGAAACGAGAACCGGAUGCCCUGCGAUGAUAAAAUUCAGGUUGAUGGAAAACAAACGGUGGAGAAUCAUAGAAGUUGAGCUCGACCAUAACCAUUUGAUCAGCCCCGUAAGUGGAAAAAUCUACAAGUCUCAUAAGCAAUUAGGUAUUGGAACCAAAAGAGCACUGCAGUUGGACAGCGCAGAAGAAGUUCAAAAAGUUAGACUUUUUCGAACAAUAGUUAUUGAUGUUGAAGGAAAUGGAAGUGUGGAAGUCAGUAGUGGAGAAUUCCGGAGUAGUCAUAACCAAACCAGUCAAUUAAGGCUUAAAGAUGGAGACGCACAAGCUAUUCAUAAUUAUUUUAGCCACUUGCAAUUGAUUGAUCCAAAUUUCUUUUAUGUGGUGGAUCUCAACGAGAAAGGAUGUUUGAGGAACUUAUUCUGGAGCAAUACAAGGUCAAGAGUUGCUUAUGGUUACUUUGGUGAUGUAGUUGCGGUUGACACUACAUGCUUAACAGACAAAUAUCAAGUUCCACUGGUUUCAUUUAUUGGAGUGAAUCAUCACGGACAAUCUGUGUUGCUGGGUUGUGGUUUACUUGCUGGUGAUACUAUCGAAGCAUGUACAUGGUUGUUUAGGGCGUGGCUUACAUGCAUGUUAGGGCGCCCUCCACAGGUCAUCAUCACUGAUCAAUGCAGAACCCUGCAAGCCGCUGUCACUGAUGUUUUUCCAAGGGCUUUUCAUUGUCUGUGUUUGCCACGUAUAAUGCAAAAGGUUCCGGAGAAACUUGGUGGACUGUAUGAAUAUGAAUCAAUUAGAAUGGCAUUAAAUAAUGCAGUUUAUUACUCUCUAAGGCCUGAGGAGUUCGAAGCAACUUGGGAAGAUAUGAUCCACCAUUACGGACUCGGGAAUCACGUUUGGCUUCAAAUGUUAUAUGAAGAUCGCAGACAAUGGGUUCCCGUUUAUUUGAAGGAGAUAUUUCUUGCAGGAAUGCUUCCAACUCGGCCAAAUGAGGUUGUGGAGUCAUUUUUCGAUGGCUAUCUCAAUAAACAUACUUCUUUGAAGGAAUUUUUAGACAAGUAUGAUCAAGCUCUACAGGCAAAUCAUCAGGUUGAAGUUUUGGCAGAUAUGGAAUCAAGAAAUUCAGGUUUUAUGCUACAAUCAAGAUGUUACUUCGAGUUGCAGCUUGCAAAACUGUACACGAACAAUAUCUUAAGGAAGUUUGAAAGAGAGGUGGAGGGAAUGUACUCAUGCUUUUGCACGAGAAAAAUAAAUGGCGAGGGAGAAGUAAUUACAUACAUGGUGAGGGAACAAAUCGAAGUAGAUGGAAACAGAAGGGAGAGUAGGGAUUUCGAGGUUUUGUACAACGCAACCGAAAUGGAGGUGCUUUGUGUUUGCGGUUUGUUUAAUUUCAAAGGAUAUUUGUGUCGGCAUGCGCUUAGGGUUCUUCACCAAAAUGGCAUUGAGGAGAUCCCGCAUCAGUACGUUGUAUCACGAUGGAGAAAAGAUAUAAAGCGGAGUUAUGUUCUGAAUCAUAGCAAUGGUGGUAUUGAUAUUAAUAACCCAGUUCAUAGGUAUGAUCAUCUGUACAAAUGCAUUAUGCAGGUGGUUGAGGAAGCCCGGAAAUCGGAAGUUCGUUACAAAGAUACAGUUCAAGCAUUAGACCAGAUAUUGAGGAAGCUUAAUCUUGUGGAGGGUCGUUUAUAAAUAUUUUUGAGACCCUAGAUCUUAGAAGUUGCUUGUUAGAGUGCUUUCAUGUAAUUGCCACCUGUUUUUUAUUUAAAAAAUUUAAUGGUGAAAAUGAGCUUUUCAUUUAACAUGUGAGCUCUCAUAAGUGUAAGUUGUCAAUACUCCCCAAAGAAAUGGAAAACUAGGAGGAGAUUGAAUGUUCUAACAA